GUUCUUACAAAGCACAGUGGAGAAACGCAUAAAAUAAACAAACACUUUCUAGGAUAUUGUGCAAUAAUGCACAAAUAAGAAAAAUAAAGAAAUCAUGGUGUUAUAUCGGGCCAGUGAAUCUCACUUUACUUCAUUAAUGUCAGAACUGAACCAGUUACGACAAGAGAAGACUUUCUGUGAUGUCACAUUAAAAGUUGGAUCAAAUGAAAUACAUGCACAUAGAUCAGUGUUGGCAGCAGGUUGUCAGUACUUUAAGUCAUUGUUUCUCGGUCACUUUAGUGAAGCAAAUAUGAAAGAGAUUAAUCUCUCGGAAGUAACUGAAAAUGUGGAAGCUUUAGAAAUUAUUAUGAACUUUAUUUACUCGGGAGAAGUUGAAAUUAAUAUGGAAAAUUUGGAAGUUAUUGUUAAACUGUCAUCCUUCUUUCUUUUAGAAACCCUGCGAAAUUUUUCUGCUGCUUAUAUGAAGGAUGCACUUUGUCUAAAAACAUGUGUAAAGUUCUAUCUUUAUUCAGCAGAACAUGGAAUAGCAGAUAUCGAGUUUGAUGCAGAACUGAUGAUGAAAGCAAGGUUUCAUGAUGUGUUGAUCUUUGAAGAUUCAACUCUGAAUCUUUCAGCAGAUGAAAUGGCUUGUCUUAUAGAGAAGGAUGUGUUUCAACAUUGCUCUGCUGUCAAUGUUGUACAGUUUGUGACAAAAUGGGUAAACAGAGGAAAAACUGAAAAACACGUGUCCAUUGGUCUUGAGUUACUGGAUUCUUUAAACAGAAUAGAAGAAAGAAUGGAAUGUUCAGCACUGAGUGAAGUGUGUCUAGAAGCACUGUUUGAAAAGCUUGUUGUGACAUUAGAGACAUGUGAUAUUGUCAACAAAGAAGAUUUUAUUGCCAGACUAAAAACUGCUAUAGAUGAAGUACUUAUGGUGAAAUUACCAGAUACAUGUACAGACUCUGAUGGUAUUGAGAGUGAGGUUGCAUCAUGUAGUACAAAUAAACUAGUCGGCAAAGGAAAGAAAAAACCUCCAGCCACAGAAUUAGCGGUAAUAACAUUAUCACCAAAAUUAUGUUUGAUAGAGGACUAUAAAAAAGCAAGGUUAGGAGGUCUCAUUCAUCAUGUUCAAGAACCUUUUAAUGAUGCUGUAUUUGAUGUGUGUGCAUAUAUACCAAGGACACGAAGCUGGUACCGUGUCUGUGAGUUUCAUGAGCAAGGUGGAAUGCCAGAGUAUCUUAUUGAUGGAUCAGGAUAUGAAAGUCGUUUAGUUGUUAUGAAUGAUGAUAUUGCUUUUGUUGACAACAGAGGCGAUUACAUUGAUUUGUAUAAAGUGAAAGAACACACAUGGCAUGCCCCUGAUAUACAGUACUCGGAUACAAAUAUCAGCCCCGAGUUAGAAAAUGGUCCCUUUCAGGCAAAUGAUGUGUGUUUUGUGACUGGGAACAGAAAUGAAAGGUACAUGGUUGUUAGAAUGAGGCUGUUUACAGACAAUUCAUUUGAUCAGGUGACAGAUAUGUAUUUCCGUUGCUAUAUUAUGGGUAAUGAUGGAGAGUCUUGGGAUUGCAUUUUUGUGACCCCAACCAGAAUACGGACCAAUUUGUCAGACAAUGGUGGAAUGCCUGAAAUGAAUGCACAUAUCAGUAAAACUAGUAAUGAAAUGUUAGUAACUCAUAGCACUUUAGAUGGGGGCUGGAACAUUGUUUUUAUUGCCAAUUUGAAUAACUUAUUUCCUGUGCCAGUCAUGUUGAAAUCCGAAUUUAUUGAAGACCAAGAUGUAUUCAGGGGAAGUGCUAUUAUAGAAAAGAGUGAUAGUCUCCUCAUUGUGUCAAAUGGAACAAAAAAUUGUGGACAUGAGGUGAAGAUACUUUAUGAAUAUAAGUUUAACUCUGAGGUAUUGACUGAUGUGAACUUACCGGGGAAGGUUAUCACUACAAUAACAAAACCAUAUGUUUAUGAUGAUGAGGAAUCAGAGUAUCCCUGCCUGUGUGAAUUCACUGCCACAGAUGGUCAGUCACUCUGGUACAUUGAGGGAAACCUGGACAAUGUUAGUGCUUUCACAGAAGUUCAGUUGGACAACAACCAGAAUCUCAUUACACUGAAACAUACCCCGCCCCCUUUUGCUUGUAUAACCAGAGCAUUUGCUGGUCAAGUCAGUGCUGAGAUAUUAUCCUGUAUCAAACCAAUCUCUCACUUUCUAGUCAAAGAAAAAAGUAAACCACUGUAAUCUGUUCAUAGCUAACAGUGAAUACAAUAAAACCGUAGAGACUGUUGGUAUAAAUUCAUAAAUUGUGUGCUUCCUGAAUUUCAUGUUUAUCAUGACAGAUUGUUACAAAACCAAGACCUAAUGUAACUGAUAUUUUAUAUAAGUUUUAAUGUUAUCAAGUAAAUAGUUGAACCAAGAUGUAAUAUAGUGUUAAGUUAUUAGUUGUAUCAAGAGUCCAAAUGUUAUCAAGUAAAUAGUUGACCACAGAUGUUAUAUAGUGUUAACAAUAUGUUAUCUAAUUAAAAGUUGAACCAAGGUGUUAUAAAGUGUAAACAGUUGUACCAAGACAUCUUAUUUGGUCAUAUGUUAUCAAGUUAAUAUUUGAACCAAGAUGUUAUACAGUGUUAACAGUUGUACCAAGGUAUCUAAUAGUCCAAAUGUUAUCUAGUUAAUUGUUGAACAGUGUUAACAGUUGUACCAAAUGUUUUCUUAUAGGUCCAAAUGUUAUCUAAUUAAUAGUUGAACCAAGAUGUUAUACAGUGUUAACAGUUGUACCAAAUGUUAUCUUAUAGGGCCAAAUGUUAUCAAGUUAAUAAUUGAACCAAGAUGAUCAAGAUGUUACAAAACCAUGACCUAAUGUAACUGAUAUUUUACAAGUUCAAAUGUUAUCAAGUAAAUAGUUGAACCAAGAUGUUAUGUAGUGUUAACAGUUGUACCAAGAUAUCUUAUAGGUCCAAAUGUUAUCUAGUUAAUAGUUGAACCAAGAUGUUAUACAGUGUUAACAGUUGUACCAAGAUAUCUUAUAGGUCCAAAUGUUAUCAAGUUAAUAGUUGAACCAAGAUGUUAUACAGUGUUAACAGUUGUACCAAGAUAUCU